AAUUUGAUUUUGUGGCAACACUAUCGUCGAUCAUACAAAUUAAAAUUUUUCUGUUCUUAUGCGGGCUUUUGUUCAGUACAUCUUAUACAAUGGGCGCUAGAGAAGCGUUGGUGUCAGUUUUCUUUAUAUAUUUAUCACAUUCGCUUGUAUUUGCAGCACAAAUUCCGAAACAAUUAAUAAAUGAAACUCCCAAAGAAACGCAGUUGAAGGCAGUUAGAGAAUUGGUUCACCGCACACUGUUGGAAAAAGAUUUAUUGUUUGAAAUCGAUAUAAAUAAAAAUUUAGAAUUUCGCAGCUUUCAGAUUUAUAAAACAACUACCAAUAAAAUCGUCAUUAUUGGAUACGAUGGAGUAUCUGCAGCUAAAGGAUUCAACCACUAUCUGAAGUACUUUCUUCAUAAAACAAUUUAUUGGUACAAUAAGCAUAUAUAUAUUGAAGAUGGCAUCGAAUUACCUUAUGUUAAUAUAACAUCAAAAUCCUCUAGUUCUGUUAUUUAUUAUCAAAAUGUAUGUACGUGGGGUUAUAGCUUCGUAUGGUGGAAUUGGUCGAAGUGGGUUGAGCAUAUUGAUUGGAUGGCCAUGAUGGGUAUAAGUCUUACAAUAGCACCAAUACAAGAGCAAUUAUGGUAUGAAACCUAUUUAGAAAUGGGUUUAACCGAGGAUGAAAUUGAUAUGCAUAUAUCCGGACCCGCAUUUCUACCAUGGUUACGUAUGGGAAAUAUUCGUGGAUGGGGUGGGACUUUAGGGCCAACAUAUAGAAGAAUGCAAAUGAUUUUACAACAAAAAAUUAUUCAGCAGCAACGAAGCCUUGGUAUGAUUGUAGCAUUACCUUCCUUUUCGGGACAUUUACCAGUUGCAAUGAAAAAUAAAUAUCCAACAGCAAACUUUUCUAUUAUUGACCGUUGGAAUAAAUUUCCUAACUCGUUCUGCUGCGGACUUUUCUUAGAUCCAAUCGACCCUUUAUUUCAAAAUAUUACUACUAUGUUUUUAAAAAAGGUUGUAAGCAACUACGGCACUGAUCACAUUUACUUUGCAGAUCCGUUUAAUGAAGUACAGCCGCGUAUCGCCGAUGCCUCAUAUCUAAAUAUGACAGCCUAUCACAUUUACAAUUCUAUGCACAUAGUGGAUAAUAAAGCCAUUUGGUUGCUUCAAGGAUGGAUGUUUGUCAAAAAUAUAUUUUGGUCCGAUAAACUAAUUAAAGCUUUUCUCACGGCAGUUCCGACAAGCGGGCUUUUGGUAUUAGACUUACAAAGCGAACAAUUUCCCCAAUACGAAAGAACACACUCAUUUUAUGGCCAUUAUUUUAUUUGGUGUAUGCUUCACAACUUCGGUGGAACUUUAGGGAUGCAUGGCUCAGUGGACGUUAUCAAUCGAGGAAUAAGAACAGCACGCACAAUGACAAACAGUUCUAUGAUUGGAGUUGGAAUUACGCCGGAAGGUAUUAACCAAAACUACGUUAUGUAUGCUUUGACAUUGGAGCGAGCAUGGCUUAAAGACGACAUAAAUCUGACUGAUUGGUUUAACGUAUAUGCGGAUGUACAAUAUGGAAUUGUGAAUAAUGAGUUGCGGAAUGCUUGGCAAUUACUAAGGAACUCAGUAUACUCUUAUUAUAGCUUUAAAAAAAUUCGCGGUAAAUAUGUGAUAGCACGUCGGCCCUCAACACGAAUAAACGUGUGGACAUGGUACAAUUCUUCUGAUAUUUAUGAAUCUUGGUCUAAGUUGCUACAGUUAAAUGGAACAAUUCCAAAUAAUCACUAUAACAUAUACAAAAACGACCUGGUAGACAUUACAAGACAAUUUUUGCAAGUAACUGCAGAGCGUAUAUAUGUCAACCUAAUUCAAUCAUUUAAAAAAAAACAAAACGAUCAAUUUCUCCAACUUUCCCAAAUAAUGAUAAAUAUCUUCGAUGAUUUGGAUUUGAUACUGUCCACACACGAAAAUUAUCUAUUGGGUACUUGGCUAGAAAGUGCGAAAAAUUUAGCAACUACAACCAAAGAAAGGGAACAAUUUGAGUUUAAUGCAAGAAAUCAAAUAACUCUCUGGGGACCAUCUGGACAAAUAGUAGAUUAUGCAACUAAACAGUGGUCUGGUAUAGUCAGAGAUUUUUUCAAACCUCGAUGGCAACUUUUUUUAAAGCAGUUAAAUAUAAGUUUAAACAACAAUAUACCCUUUAACAAUACAAUGUUUAUUCAGACGGUGCUGACAGAAAUUGAAAAACCAUUUAGCUACGACAAAAAGAGAUAUCACACACUACCAAAUGGUAACACUUAUACAAUUUCACAACGUAUUUUUACGAUGUGGUCUGAAUUUUUCCUUAACAAGGACUAUGUCAAUUAUUUAUUACCUGUCGAUAUAAAAAAAAUAAAGGACUAAUAUGAUGAUGUAAUACUUGUAAAUUAAAGGUGACAAAUGACAACUAAAGAAAGGAAACUUUAAAUACAGUCUAAGAUUUUUUAAGGACAAAUAAAAUAUAUCCAAUGUGAA